UGUUUAUUACAACCCGAUAGACCACACCAUCAUAAUCCCCAACCACAAAAACCCACCAAGCCAAGAAAAAUUAAUCUUCGUCUAAUCAUCUUAGCGUAACAAGUCGGUCACACCGUUUCCAUCACAACUUCUUAAUCACCAUCUGAUUCGGUUUCAAACACCCUAAGGGACCCAUAGUAUCAGACGACUUCAUCUGAGUGCACGGCUUAUGACAGUCUGAGCAAUCAAUGUCAUAAAACACUGUAAAUUCAUGCUUUCGUAAUCCUACAAACCCUAAAUCUAUAAUAUUAUGAUCUUAUUAUCUUUAUAAUUAAGAUUAAAAAAGAAAACAAAAGUUUUUGACAUAGAGCCAUGAGCACUACCAGAGAUCUUGUAAAUAUUCAACCCUCGGAGCUCAAGUUUCCAUUUGAAUUGAAGAAGCAGAGUUCUUGUUCCGUGCAAUUAACCAACAAGACGGAUCAUUAUGUAGCAUUCAAGGUUAAAACGACCAAUCCCAAAAAAUACUGUGUUAGGCCCAAUACUGGUGUCAUUUUGCCCAGGACGACAUGCAAUGUUACAGUUACAAUGCAAGCGCAAAAAGAGACACCCCUUGAUUUUCAGUGCAAGGACAAGUUCCUCCUACAAAGUGUUCUUGCACCAGAUGGUACCACUUCAAAACAUAUAGUGCCAGAAAUGUUUAACAAGGAAGAGGGUAAAAUUGUGGAGGAGUUUAAAUUGCGGGUGGUUUAUAUUCAAGCUAAUCCUCCAUCACCUGUCCCUGAAGGAUCUGAAGAAGGAUCUUCUCCUAGGGCAUCUUCGCUAGAAAAUGGAAAUCAAAAUGCCACGUCAUUUGAAGAUUUAUCAAGAUCUUUUGAGGCAACUAAAGAGAAGUCCUCAGAGGCUUGGUCUGUUAUUUUUAAGUUGACAGAGGAGAAAACUUCUGCCAUUCAACAAAAUCAAAAGCUACGGCAAGAGCUGGAGUUGCCGUUUUGUUACUAUCAAGUGAUUGAAUUGAGAGGGGAUGCUGCCAACAGAAAAUCUGAAAUUUGACUUCUAGGAAUGAAUUUAUAUUUCUUUUUUUAUUUUUUUUCCUGUUGCGAUUUUCUCUUUUAUAAUUUUACUGGUGUGAAAUGGUGUCCUUCAGGCCAACGUAAAUGUCGUUUGCAUGUUCUUGAUUUGUGGUGGAUAAGGUUUUCUUUUGGGGCAUGUAAAAUGCUGAAUGCAAAAGUUUAUGCAUCCCUAAAUCAAGAAAAAUGGUUCUUUUGCCAUGUUUGUAUAUGGAAAAUGAAAUUUUGAUACUAA